GGUGCGCGAGCGCUUUUUGCUCGUGUUUAGGCGACCCGGUAUCGGGAUUUAUCUUUAUUGUACUGUACUUUAUUCUGUCCGUAACUCUCUCUUUUAUCCAUCAUCUUUACGUGAAGUUUUUAUUUAAAACUAAAAUUAGUGUUUAAAACAAAGAACGCUGUUAUCUUACUAAUGUUGAUAAUGCCAAAAUGAUAAUAAAAAUGAUUUUAAUCGUACAUAGAGUCAAUGAAAGUUCGAUUUUGUUUUGUGAAUGAGUGUUGUUAAUAAACAAAAGCGGUCUACAACUUUUUAUUAAUAUUUUUUUAUUAGUAGCGUAAAAUUGGCAUUAUGAUUAUCAAUGAAAUUGUGAUAUAUAUAUUUUUUCUCAAUUAUAUUUAUUAUGUUACCGGCUCGGGCACCGGUGAGAAGGCUAGUACCCAAAGCAGCGCGACAUGCUAUCACAAGGUAGCCGCAUGUGAGGCUAAUACGGGCAAUGCAAAUAGAGCUGUGUGCGGCACGGACGGUCGCACGUACCCUUCCAAAUGUCACCUUAUGAAAGCCCAGUGUACUGGUGAAACGGUGACAAUAGCUCACAGAGGACCGUGUGUGGAGGGUCAGUCAUCGUGCCUGACCGUGCUGCGUUACGCGUUGAACGCGCAGGGCGGACGUCGGGCCGCGUUUGUGCCGCGUUGUCGGGCCGACGGCACUUACGCGGCCGUGCAAUGCGCUGCCGCCGGUGCCGCGGCCGGCUGCUGGUGUGUCACCUCCGACGGCAAACCACUUCCCGACACAGCUGUGAGGAACGGCAGGCCUGACUGCACAAAGACGGGUAAAUCACAAACCAAGCGAAGAUCAUCAGUACGUGGCCAACGGAACAAAAGAAGUUGUACGCGAAUCGAUCGUGCUCAGUUCAACAGCAACCUAAUAAAAAUAUUCAGCGGCGAAUUCGAUCGUGCAAGAUCGGAUCAAGGCGGGGCGGCCGCAGAUUCCCGAUCCGUAGCUGACUGGAAAUUUAGGGAACUCGACCGAGAUAGGAGCGGCACGCUUCAAAAAUCAGAGUACAGAGGAUUGCGGCGGCUAAUUAAGAAGGUAGUGAAGCCAAAAAGAUGCGCGCGGGCGUGGACUCGCGGGUGCGACGGGGAUGGGGAUGGUGAAAUCGCAAGAGCAGAAUGGACUGCGUGCCUGCUGUCGAACCCUGAGCCUCCAGCUCCGGACUACGACGACAGCGGACCUGAACCCGAGCCUGACUAUAACGAGGAGGAGCCGCCAACGGACCCCAGUUCAGCGAUGCUGCCGGGAAUUAUGCGAAACUCGUUCGCCCCCGAUGGCUCAGUGGCGCGUGAGGACGAGGCGAACGAUUGCCUCACGGACCGCCAAGCUGUGUUAGAUGAACAGAAAGCUGGCAGUGCAGUGCUAUACGUACCGGAGUGUAUGGGAGACGGCAGGUACGCCAGGGCCCAAUGCUACCGCUCUACGGGGUAUUGCUGGUGUGUGCAUCAAGACACGGGGAAGCCCAUCCCUGGCUCCUCAGUCAAGGAUAAGAGACCGGACUGUGAUGCGGCGCCCCAACACGCGAGCCCCAUGCGAGGUUGCCCUGAACCAAUGAAGAGUCAUUUCUUAAAGGAUUUGUUGAGUUUCUUCGUUUCGAAGAUGACCACUUCAAUUAACGGAACAGGACCAGGCGACAUGGUGAAAUGGGGUGCAUCAAAAGAAGAGCAGGCGGCUACAUGGACUUACGUGAUGCUAGACAAGGAUAAAAACAAGGCUCUGGAGAGACGGGAGUGGAAAGCAUUCCACCAAUUGAUAGCAAACGCGGAACCACUAAGGAGAUGUGGGAGAAAGUUGCCACGUUACUGCGAUGUUAACCACGACUCCAAAAUCAGUAUCACAGAAUGGAUGGCCUGCUUAGAAGUGAACCAAGCGGCCCAAGGCCGUACUACGGAGACAACCAAAGUUCCUUCUAAUCCUAGGAGAAAAGGACCCAAUCCACUAGAAUCAAUUCUUAAAGCUGACGACUGAAAAUUAUAUUACGGUAGUUGCACAUAAAAUCAUUUAACGAAUUCUUAUUUUAAGGCGCCAUUUACAUAGAGAGAAUUUCUUGUCUCGGAGAUGUCAAGAAAACAAUAAUUUUUGCGUUCGAGGGAUCCCCCUUUGGAGCGUUCCCCUGUACUCUGUACAUUUUGAAGAAGUCAAAUUUGAGAUGUAACUAACGUAUGAUGUUCGGAGGAUAUCACAUAUGGUGAGUAUAUAAGCAUUUUUUCUUACGAUUUCUACCUAAGUCUCCAUGUUAACAUUACCGGGCGUAUGAAAUAAUUAAAAUGUCAACAAUGUACACGAUAUUAUUAAGACAAGUCAAGAAAUCAUAAGUAGCAAACACUUUGCAAUGUCAUGUCUUGUAAGUAACCACUAAUAGUUAUCAUUAGCCGACGAGUAAUUCAUGCCAUAAUCACAGGUGAGUUUUGUUUUUUCUUGAUUGGUACCAUAGUUUAGAAAUCGUACUUAUAAUGAUGAUAUCCGACGGGUAACAUAUGAGCUAAUCAUAGGUAUGUCUUUGUUAUUUCUUCAUUGUAAGCAUGUGAUCUAUUGCGCACAAAAAGAUAACCAUUGGUAUGCCAAGUUACGAUUGCCUAGGCAAUCUACAUGUAAUCCUAUAAGAUGGCAUGAGAAUCGCUUUUAGAUUUAUGCCUGUGAAAAAUGCACUCAUGUUUUCACAACCAAACGAAAAGAUACUCUCUACAUGUAAAUGGCGUUUAAUUAUAUAUUCGUAAGGCUCGGACAAAUACCAAUAUGCAAAAUAAAAAUUAGAAAUAGACUGCGCUAGAAACAUAAAUGCAGGAAGUGUAAUAUAUAGUUCGGGUGCAGUAUAUUUCUAAUAUCAAGGUUGAAUUAGAUAUCUUUAAACCGCUCUGGUUGUAAUCAUUUAUAUACUCAAUUCGGUCCGUACUCAAA